AGCAUUGCAGGCGGACUUCAUUCAAUUGACUCCAGAGUUCAGAAUUCGAUCAGAUGGGAAGGCACUCUUGCUGUUACAAACAGAAGUUGAGGAAAGGUCUCUGGUCUCCAGAGGAAGACGAGAAGCUUUUGAGACAUAUUACCAAGUAUGGACACGGAUGUUGGAGCUCUGUCCCUAAACAAGCAGGUUUGCAGAGGUGUGGUAAGAGCUGCCGGUUGAGGUGGAUAAACUACCUGAGGCCUGAUUUGAAGCGAGGCACAUUCUCACACCAGGAAGAGAACCUUAUCAUUGAACUCCAUGCUGUUCUUGGCAACAGGUGGUCUCAGAUUGCAGCACAGUUACCGGGAAGAACUGACAACGAAAUCAAAAACCUAUGGAACUCUUGCAUUAAGAAGAAGCUCCGACAGAGAGGCAUUGACCCCAACACCCACAAACCUCUCUCUGAGGUUAUUGAGCAUGCAGAAGAAGAAAAAGCGCCCACCAACAGCAACAAUGAGAAAACCCCGGGGGUUUCCAACGAACUGAAUCUCCUCAACUUAGAGAAUUUGAAACCCGGUUUGGUAGCUGCAGCACCAGAGUCGAAGUCGCCUUCAAUGGCUGCGAAUAGGUACCCACUCCAUGGUUGUUCGAGUUCCAAGAUCAUCAGAAACAGCGACUCUCUCACACCCGCGGCCACAACCAAGGAAUUCUUCCUAGAGAGGUUUGUGACGUCUCACGACACCAGCAGCAGCAGCAGCACUUGCAGGUCUAUAGAAUCAAUUGGGUAUUUUCCACUUCAGCAAUUGAAUAAUUAUGGGUCGACCAACACGGGGCUGAUCUCCUCCGUAAACUCAACUCCUCCUCCUCCUCCUCCUCCAAACACAUCCUUCUGGUUCAAUCACAACUCAUGCAAUAAGGCUUUCGACUACUUCACUCCCGAAUGCAAUUCCAGUCUUUUUCCAUCAUCCGGGUCAUCAAUAAGUUCACUUCUCCCUACUUCUUCCAUUAAUUCCAUGCCAAUGGGUCUCAAGCCCCCCACCAUCACUACUAGUCUUCUCUCUAAUAACACUACGACAAACGGAAAUCAGUACUGGGGAGCCGGCAGCUCCGGUAACAACAACAACAACAACAGUAGCAGCAGCAGCAGCAACAACAGUACUGGAAGCGGUAGUAGCAGUAUUAAUGAAUUGCAGAGCAGCAGCAAUGGCGCCUUCUUUGAGAACAGCGUCUUCCCUUGGGGAUUGACGGAUUGCAACAACACAGAAGAUAAUAAUAAGGUAGCCAGCCAAGUCGAUCACAUUGAAACCGAACCUGCAGCGGCUGAAGAUAUCAUCAAAUGGUCCGAAUUUCUCCACACUCCAUUCCUAAUGACUUCCACAGUGCUACAGAACCAAAUGCCUCAACCAUUAUACAAUGAGAUUAAAUCAGAAGCCCACAUACUCACCACCGAUGACAGGUUGAAUGGUACUUCAUGGCAUCAUCAGAACUACAACAACCAGCAGCAGCAACAACAACAACAACAACAACAACAACUACAGUUACAAGCUGCUAAUUCCGAUAUGUAUGCUAAGGAUUUUCAUAGACUUGCGGCUGCCUUCGGACAACUAUAG